UAUAUUAAUAAUACCGAUAAAAUGGACUUUAAGUAAUUGUAUGAAGAAAUGUGCCAAAAAUAUCAAUAAAUGGAAGAAGAAUACAAUUAAUUUAUAGAAGAAAGCCAAAUUUUAGAAGAUUAAUAAUAGAAGAACAUAGAAAUCUUAAAUAAACAACUUGCAUAGACCUAAAAUUAGUUAUUGUAACAAAAAGAAGAAACACAAAAAGCAAGAGUAAUAUCUAUUUGUAAUAUUUAAGAACGAAUUAUAAUAGACUUAAAACUAAUUAGAAAAAUUAGUAACUAAAAAGGACGCUCAAAUUGCAGAGUUUUAAAAAAAUAUGCAAACCUUAAAAUUAUCGAUAAUCGACUUAGAAGUUGAUCAAGAUCUAAAUAAGAAUAAAAUUAGGUAUAUUUAUUUAUUAAACAUAGGUAGCUAGAAGAAACAAAUAAAGACUUAGAAAUUAAAUUAGACAAAGUCUUUGAGUCAUUAGCAAUUGCUUAAACUGAUUUAGAAGCUAACAAGAUUUAAUCUUAGGAAGAAAUUGAGCGUCUAAAACAGACAUUAAAAGGUAUAUAGACUAUUAAUUUUAGAAAAUCAAGACGAGUUAUUUGCAGCAAAAAAUUAAAGAGUUACUCAUACAACAACAAUUCCAGAAGUUGUGAAAAUGCCUAAAAUUGAUUCUUUAAGAGCAAAUGCAGCUGGAUUUAACAAAAGUCUAACUUUAAUAUAAGCUUUGAUUAAAGAUCUUGAUGACAAAAUGACAUUAAUUAGGUAACCUAAGGCAUGAAUAAUUAU